CACGGAGCAAACACCAGUCGCCACGAAUUCCGCAUUUACGUUGGUGCAUUGUAUACUUAAAUUUUUACUACGAUUUGAACGAACAUUGAAAAUGCCUUCCGAUUUUUUGUGGGACCACGACAGAUGCCUCGAUCUAAUCGCGGAGUACAGUAAGUACGAGAACUUGUGGAAUCCUAAGGACAAGAACUUCUUCAAUAAUAGUAUGAAGGAGCAGACAUGGAAUCAAAUCUCACAAAAGUUCGGCCGUGAUUUGGACGAGGUGAAGAGGAAAAUGGAAAGUUUAAAGAGCUCGUUUAGAAGGGAAUCGUUGAGAGUGAGGCGAGGAAGAGCUACAUCAUGGUUUGGUUUUGAAGCAUUGAAAUUUCUUAACAAAGGAAGAAAGAAAAUUGAACCUGAAACACCCGAAAUCGUCAAGUCCGAAAUCGAAAUACAAGAAAAUAACUUGGAGUAUGAUCAGUCACCCAAUCAAUCAGAUGAUGAAUUUGAUGAUGAACCUGAGUCGCCUGCCCCAGCUGUAAAAAUGGAAAGAAAACGUUUCGUAUCUUAUAGACAACCACAGAAAAGAGUGAAAAGUUAUAUCGAAGAUCCCAGAAUUAAUGAAGUGUUCAACAUAAUUAAAAACUUGCGACCAAAACGUGAUGAAACCAGUGUAUUUGUUGAACACGUUGCGUUUAAACUUAGAAAAUUUAAUGAUCAUUUGAGGGCUGAAGUUGAGCAUCAAAUAAAUAAUAUUUUGUAUAGUGCAGAAACGGGGACUCUCAGUUAUACUGUUCCUUCUAAUAAGAUUUAACGUUUAAAUAUAUUUUUUGUAUAUAGUUG